AUGAGCAUCAUCAACAACUAUACAAAAAACGACAUCAACAACAACAAUGGCAUCAACUGCUCUGGCGUCAUCAAUGACACACACAAUUACACUAACAACAGCAACUGCACCAGCACUAACAACAACGACGACAACAACUUUAUCACACUAAUAACCGAACUCCAAAACAGAAUUUACUUCAACAAACUACUAUGGAUUAACAUAGCGCCUAUAUGCUUCAUUGUCAUCGUAACGAUAGGCACAAUCGGCAACACCUUGGCUAUCUAUGUCAUCAUCUCUAACAAGAGGAUGCGAAACGUUACUAACUUCUUUCUAAUCAAUUUGGCCGUCACCGACCUAGCCUACCUGCUGAUUUGUGUAACAGUAACG